GAAUAAGGCAAUUAUCGUGUCAUGGCUACAAGCAGUGAUUGAGCUAUUUAAUGCUGACAGUUGCCUACCCCAAAAGCUUUCUCGACACGCGUCUUCUGAGAUCAAUUUGCGAAUGAUGCAUGUCUCAGGUUGGCUGUUGUUUAGCCUUAGCGCUUUGGGAACGAGCUCGCCACUUGGCUCACAUUCAGUUCAUGAGAAGAGGCAUGCAUUGCCAGUAGCAUGGGCCAAGCAUUCGCGCGCGCCCGGAGAUGCGAUAUUGCCAGUCAGGAUUGGAUUGAAUCAGCGAAACCUGGAGCACUCAGACCGGUUCCUUGAAGAUAUCUCUGAUCCAGACUCGCCAAACUUUGGAAAGCACUGGACUGCGGAAAGGGUCGCCAAUACGUUUGCACCGCAUCCAGAGGCAUCCGACUCAACCCUGGAAUGGCUUGUAAGUUCUGGCAUUGAUAGCAAGCGCAUAAAGUACUCGGGCGGACGUAACUGGGUUGAGUUCUCAGCUACUGUCGCCGAGCUUGAAGGGUUGCUGAAUACCAAGUAUCACUACUACCAUCACAAGGACUCAGGUGGAUAUCGUAUUGCAUGCGAUGAAUACGGAAUUCCACAGCAAAUCCGUAAACACGUUGACUUUGUCAUGCCCACCAUCCAACUUGAUGGCUUGCGACCGGUUGCUCACGCGAGGGCAACAAUCGAGGCCCCUGUCAAUAUCACCGGCCUCUUCGGUCUCAAAGAUUGUUCGAAGUUGAUUACAAUUGACUGCUUGCGCGCAAUAUACAACAUCCCUGUUGGAAAGUACAACCACAGCGGCAACCAACUCGGGAUUGCGGAAUGGGCAGACUAUCUUUACCUUCCAGACUUGAAAAUCUUCUUUGAGAACUUCACAUCUCCGAGGAUCCCAUCUGAUGUGGUACCGGAGUUCAUCUCGAUUGAUGGUGGGAAGCCCUCGAAUCUAUCAGUGGCCCAGGCAAGUGAAGUAGUUGAGAGCGCGCUGGAUUUCCAGACUGCAUAUUCGAUCAUCUGGCCUCAGCAAACACGACUGUACCAGAGCGGCGACUCGGUUAACGUCGAUUCUGUUGGUACAUUCAACAUCUUUUUAGAUGCGCUUGAUGGUUCCUACUGCACGUACCAAGGCGGGGACCAGCCAUACGUAGAUCCAGCCUAUCCUGACCCUAACGAGGGCGGGUACACUGGCCCACUGCAAUGCGGCGGAGCACCAGUCAGCAACGUGAUCUCAGUUUCGUACGGCCAGAUCGAAGGCGCACUUCCACGAUUCUAUCAAGAGCGUCAAUGCCGCGAAUGGAUGAAACUGGCUUUGCAAGGAGUCAGCGUAAUUUUCGCAUCGGGAGAUUCCGGUGUCGCGAACAGAUACAACUCUGGAUACAAUAACAGCUGUCUCAACUCAGAGGAUGGCUAUGUAGAUACAGACGGUACACGGUUCUCGCCUUCCUUCCCUGCCAACUGCCCUUAUAUAACUUCUGUCGGUGCUACAACACUGCUCAACUCAUCCAUUCACGGCGGUGAACAAGCGGUGGCCGCACCCAAGGGCCCCCUAUCGUACUACUCGGGUGGUGGCUUUUCUAGUAUAUUCCCGCGCCCAUCCUGGCAAAACAAAGCAGUUUCCAAAUACCUUUCCAAGUACUCGCCAAAGUACGGCGAAUCAGUUUUCAACUCUUCUGGCCGUGCUUACCCCGACGUCUCAGCUCUAGGUCUAAAGCUAGCAACUGUGUACCUCAAUAAAACGCUUGGUGUGGGUGGUACAUCGGCGUCUGCCCCCAUCUUCGCAAGCAUCAUCAAUCUGUUGAACGAGGAGAGAUUGGAGCAGGGUAAGGGGCCGAUUGGGUUCCUCAAUCCGAUCAUCUACAAGCAUCCAGAGAUAUUCAAUGAUAUUACCAUUGGUAGUAAUCCGGGCUGCGGUACAGAAGGAUUUCCAGCGAGCCCCGGCUGGGAUCCAGUUACCGGGGUUGGCACGCCAGAUUACAAGAAGAUGCGAGAGGUGUUUCUGAAGUUGAAGUGAGCGUUGCCUUGAUUGAUAGAAUCAGAACUGUUCAGUGCGAGGCUUAAGGGUU